AUGACGCAAGAAGACAAGAAAGCCCGAACCUUCCUCCGAAACACCAUCACCAAGCAACAGGAUGCGCUGAUAGCAAUCACAAGAACGCUUGUCAAGACACCGUCCCCCAAUCCCGCGGGAAACACCGUCCUCGUUGCCGACGCGGCUAUCAAAUUGCUGCAGAGCAUUCCACACGCACACGUCUCGCGCCAUGAGACCGCUCCGGGACUCGUCAACGUCGUGGCUCGCAUCCCCAGCGGCAGACCGGGCAAGCGACUAGUCUUCAACGGCCACCUAGACACCUACCCUCUUUGCGAGGAUCUCAACUGGACGGUGCCACCGCUGGGCGGCGUCCUCAAGGAUGGGAGAUUAUAUGGUCGCGGGGUGUGCGACAUGAAAGGCGGCAUCGCGGCAUCGAUCACGGCGGCGAAGUUGCUCGCUGAGCAUCGCGAUUUAUGGCGCGGGGAGAUCGUGGUCACGCUCGCGGGCGAUGAGGAGUGUAUGGGCAGUCGUGGGGCGAAGUGGUUGCUGGACAAUGUCGAGGCGGCCAAGGGCGACGCGAUGAUAUGCGGGGAUGCGGGGUCGCCGCAGGUGGUGAGGUUCGGGGAAAAGGGGUUUGUGUGGAUUGAUGUUGAGGCGAAAGGGGUUGCAGCGCAUGGCGCGCAUGUGCAUAGGGGCUUGAAUGCGGUUAAUCGUCUACGAAAGGCGUUGGAUGCGAUCGAGACGUUGGAAGAGAUGGCGGUGGAUAUGCCCGCGGAGGUGGAGGAUGCGAUCGAUGCGGCGGCAGACGUGUCACAAGCAUCGUCGGGCAUGGGUGAGUUGGACACGCUACGCCAUGUUACAGUCAACAUUGGAACGGUACAUGGCGGCGUGUCACCGAAUUUAAUUCCCGCCCACGCGAAAGCGGAGUGUGAUCUUCGACUCCCUCUAGGCGUUACGACCGAGGAGAUUCUAGCGAAGCUACGAACGUUACUUGACCCGAUGGAGGGCAUCAGAUGGAGAAUAAUUCGUAAAUGCGAUCCUAACUAUACCUCUCCCACCCACGAUAUUGUUCAGCUGGGUCUGAAAGUGUCGAAAGAAGUCACCGGCGGCAAGUCCGUCGCUAGUAUACGCGUUGGAGCAUCUGAUACCCGGUGGUAUCGUGCCGCUGGCAUUCCAACCGUUGUCGUCGGCUGCUCUGGAGGAAAUAUGGGCGGAGCAGAUGAAUAUGUGGAGGUGAAAGAGCUCGUUCAGGUCGCCCAGGCCCACACUUUGAUGGCCUACGACUUUUUAAAAGGUUGUUGA